GGCGUUGAUUCAUCACUGACCAAAAGGCAACGUCACCAGUGAUCAACCUGCACAACCGGAGUUGACACCGGGGUCUGGCAUGUGUCCACUCGUUACUGUGCGACGUUAGGGCAGCAGCUGGGGGAUAUUUGUGUCUGGACUCUCAAAGAGCAACAGCUGAGCGUGGACCAUGAGGCUGCCUGAGGAAGUAUGCGUGUUGGGCCUCUCCCUUCUGGCUCCUGCAGUUUUGUACACCAUGAACAAUGUCCCUGCACUCCAGGAGCCUUUGCUCAUCCUGGGAAUUGGAGUAGCUGUCUUGGGAUCCGUUCUUCUUCUACACCACCUCCUAACUGUGCGACAUAAAAAGACGGUGGAUCCUUUAUUUUACGUGUUUGCUGAGUUUUCCUUCACUUGUCUGGUGGGCCUGACUAAUGCACUGGAGCAGGAUGGCUUCAUAUCUGGCUUCAUGGGCUUCUACAUCAAGAUGGGUGAGCCUCAUCUGAGGACUGCGUAUGCCGUGAUGAUGUCAUACUGGGAAGGCGUUGUUCACUUUUUUCUCUUCUUAAUCAUCAUCCACCGCAUAUUCAGAGGGAAGUCCUACCGCAGCCUGGCACUGCUUUGGGUGGGAUCCUCCAUCGCGCAUCAACUUGUUCACAUCCCUGGAGUGGUUGUAGGUAAACAUGGAUCCAAUAUCCGUCCAGCUUUUUGGAGGAACAUUCCCUUCUUUUUAGCACCUUUCUGGGCAGCUUUCAUCCUUUUUAACAGGCCCAGACAGAUGCCAAUCAUCACGGCAGACAAGAUCACAACCCAACAAAAGAAAAGUCUACUAUCUCGUCCUCUUGACCUGCAGCUCACAGUGUUGCUACUCGGAGCUGUGGCCUUCUCUGUUUUUCGAGGCUUUGUGGUGCUGGAUUGUCCUCUAGAUUUGUGCUUCAAAUACAUUUAUCAGUUUGAGCCAUACCUCAAAGAUCCUGUGGGCUUCCCCAGAGUCAUGAUGCUGGUUUAUUUGUUCUACGCUGUGCCCCUGCUGACAGUCGUCAUCUAUGGUCUUAUAAGACCAGGCUGCAGCUGGAUGCUGGACUGGACUCUCUUCCUUGCUGGUGCCACCGCCCAGGCCCAGUGGUGCCACAUCGGAGCAUCUCUACACUCCCGCACCCCCUUCACAUACAGAGUCCCAACAGACAAAUUGUGGACUGUUAUCACCUUCAACGUGCUGCUUGCUGUUGUGCCUACUCUGCUGGCUCUCCACUGCCACAACAGUCCCGCUUAUUUCAUGAAACCUGUUCCCAAAGGACAGAGCAAUAGCAACAAGAAGAAAAACUAGACCACACAGAAGCCAAGGGUUCUCCAGAUACACAUUUUGUCAAGACUAAUGCCUCAUGGAAAACCCUCUUCGCACACUGCAUGUUCAAGCCCCCGAACCUGGAGGAAAGUUGCAAGCAUGUUUCUGUGAGUGGCCCUGUGCAGCACUCCCUGUGUGGACUGUUGGACCCUGAUAAGGUCUUUAAUGGGGGUUGAGGACUUGAUGAGCUAGCACAGCUUUCAGGUGACUCAUGCAAACAUCCACAUGCGGUCUAGCCACAUCUUAAUCAGUCAUUGACUAAAUUAAACAAGAACACCACUUUAUUUUUUGGUACCAAGACAAACAUAUUUACUGGAUUUACAGAUCAGAAUCAUUUUAAACGAAGCGAAAGUGUACAUAAAGGUAAAUGUUCAAGGGACGACCAAGUCACAAAUCCAAGAAAUGACUCAGUAUUGCAAUUCUUAAUAUUGAACAAUAAAGGUGACUAUUACUAAGUA